AUGUCUUAUGGCGGUGGAGAUGGUGACGAGGGCUACAUCGCGAAGCUGCGCGGCUUGCCUUGGUCGGCCACGCCGGAUGAAAUCCUCAAGUUCUUCAGCGAUUGCCGGAUCGUCGGAGGAAAGUCCGGGAUACACAUGACGACCUCCCGCGACGGGAGGCCCAGUGGGGAGGCUUUCAUCGAAUUGGAGGACGCUGAAGACUUGGAGAUUGCAGUGUCUAAAGAUAGGGAGCAUAUGGGAAACAGAUACAUAGAAGUUUUCAAAGUGAACAAAGCUGAAAUGGAAUGGGUUGUUAAAAGGUCAGGCCCGGCUCAUGGACCUAAUGACGAUGGUUGUGUGAGAUUGAGAGGUUUACCUUUUGGUUGUUCUAAAGAAGAAAUUGCACAAUUCUUCACUGGGUUGGAGAUUGUACCCAACGGAAUAACACUUCUGACUGACUACUCGGGGCGCAGUUCUGGGGAGGCGUACGUUCAGUUUGUUAACAGAGAGGUGGCAGAGAAAGCUCUGCAAAAACAUCGAGAAAAGAUCGGACACAGGUACAUCGAGAUAUUCCGCAGCAGCCUGUCGGAGGUGAACGGCGCGUCGGGCGGCGGCUACCAGCCGGGCGGCAGGCGGGGCGGAUCGGGCGGUGGCGGCGGCUUGGGGUCGUUCGGCGGCCGCCCCGGGCCCUACGACAGAGACAAUCGCUUCGGCAACGGCGGGCGGUUCGGGUCGACGAGAGGAUCGAGAAGCUACAAAGAUUACAACAGCCACGAUCGUUCUUCGAGCUCCUGGUCGAGCAACCGCAACGGCAGCGACUCGAGGUCCUACGAUUCGUGGGGCGGCGGCGGCGGCAGUAGCGAUCGCGGCGGCGGCAUGCACUGCGUUCACAUGCGGGGGCUGCCUUUCAAGGCAACGGAGAGCGACAUAUCGGACUUCUUCAAACCGGCCUUCCCAGUAAACGUGCGCCUCCUGCAAGAUUCUAGCGGCAGAGCUUCCGGCGAGGCGGACGUCGAAUUCGCGUCGCACGAGGACGCCGUCCGGGCCAUGAGCAAAGACAAGGGCCACAUGCACCACAGGUACAUCGAACUGUUCCUGAAUUCGGCGGGAGGGUCCUCCAGUAAUGGGGGGAUAUCUUACGGCGGUCUGGGGGGCAGACGACGGAUGUAAAAUUAUUGGAAAGUUCGUUGGUUCGUUUCGAGUUUUUUUUUAUUAUUUUUGAUUCUCCUAAGGGUGGGUGGUAUGUGUAUAUUCGAGAGGGAGAAAAAAGAUGCCGCAGAAAUUCUGUGAUUGUGGUGUUUUUCUGCUUAGCAUUGUGAUUUGCUAGAGAAAGAACUUUUUUGGGUACCAU